GAGACAACAGUUGAACAGUUGCUGCCCACACAGCAAGGUCCACAAACAUCAACUUUGCCAACAACAACAACCAAGUCCAAAYAGUCUUUAGAACUAUGAACAAUUCGCUGCUCUGCUUGUUUUGCCUGGCCUUCGCCGCUGCGAGCGCUAGUGUGCUGCCCGUCAAGCGCAGCCAUCUGCCGGCCGUUAAUCAGCAUGGAGAGACGGUCUGGCUGGACGAACUGAACCUGGGCGUGCCCGACAAGUGUGACUUCGCCUGCACCGAUCAGGACGUCGAGGUCUGCGCCCACAAUGGUCAAUGCCUGCAGCUGUUCACCAGUCGCUGCACCAUGGCCGCCUACAACUGUCGCAAUCCUCAGAAGCGCUUCAACGUCGUCGAGAACUAUCGCUGCACCCGGGGCUAUCAGCCGCUCUGCAGCAAGGCGGAGCGCAAGGAACUGCAGCUGACGCAAUGAACCGUGAGGCUGGGCUAUGAGGAAGUUGGUCGAUGAUGUGCAAAGAAUUAGAAUUUCGAAUUGAUUC